AGAAGAAGCUGAAGGGAAUGAGGAAUUCAGAAGAAGAAGAAAUAGGAAGCGUUUUUGUCUCCAAUUAGAUAAUUUUCUUGAGCGACAUUUUGCUCUAAAAAAUCGGUUGUGUUAUUACAUAAAUAUACAGCACUUCAGUAUUCAAAAUAUUUGAUUAAACGACGUUUCCAGAAUCUGAACAUCUGUUUAUUCACGAUGAACCUGGAACGACUUCCAAAUGAGGAGAAACUCAGCCUGUGCAGAAAAUAUUACUUGGGUGGUUUUGCAUUUCUUCCUUUCCUGUGGCUUGUUAAUGUUGUUUGGUUUUUCCGGGAGGCUUUUGUGAAGCCAGCCUACACUGAACAGCUCCAGAUAAAAACAUAUGUUCAGCGGUCAGCUCUGGGGCUGCUGUUGUGGGUAGCAGUACUCACGACCUGGAUCACAAUUUUCCAGCACUUCAGAGCAGAGUGGGGGGAGGUGGGAGAUUACCUCUCCUUUACAAUUCCACUGGGCACUCCAUGAAAAAUUUAAAUGUCAGGUCUUCUGAAAAUAACUAUUGUUCCAAUAUAAUGGACCAAAUAAGUUUCCAUUAACUAGAACAAAAACUUUUGGACUGUUUUUAUGAUCCUUAAGUGGCAGAAUAAUAUGUUAAUAGUAAUCUCUCAUCCAUUUAAAAGACGCUGUAGAACUCAGAAGAGUAUUUCAUGGUUGACAAGGCUUUUUUGCAAAGUUCUUUGGUUAUAAAGCUAAUCCUGUAUAAAAUUUUAUAAUGAUAAAGUUGGAUGUACAUUCAAGUUUGUUCGACAUGGAACAAUAAAUUCAUCAAACUUU